AUGAAGUUAAGUGAAAUUGAAGAGUUGUAUAAUCAAGUCCCAUAUUGUAAAGAAUGGAAUAGGGUGAAAAUUAAAGAAAUUACCAAAGGGUUUUCAAAUGAAUUUAAAUAUUUAAUCGAAAAUAUAGAUAGUGAAAACAAUAUCAUCGAAAAAGUAUUUAUUAGAAUAUCUAGUAUCAAGUUAAAAGAAGAAAAGAUAGAGGAAUUUAAAAGAACCAAAUUAUUAAACAGUAUAACAGAUGACUUUAAUAUGACCCGUGCUAUUGAAAUGGGUGUGUUUGAAAAAAAUAACAAUAGUGAAGGAUAUGUUUGGAUCCUAACCAACUGGAUUGAAGGUACAGAUUUUAGAGAUGAUUUACCAAAGUUACCACUUAAAAAACAAUAUGAAUUGGGGUUGGAUGCAGGUAGAUUAUUAAAACUAUUCCAUUCGUUAGAAAUUAAAGAUACUUCAAAUAUCUAUAAUAGAGAUAACAUUGAAAGAAAAUUAAGAAUAAUUCAAGAUUUCGAAAAUACAAAAGAUAUAAGAUUUGAAAAUGAUGAAUUAAUUAUUAAAUUCAUCAAAGAAAAUUUAGAUACAGUUUAUAAGCUCGAUUGUCAGAAAUUAGUAUUAAAACAUGGUGACUAUCAUGUGGGUAAUAUGGUUUUAACAGAUACCAAUCAAUUUGCAGUUAUAGAUUUCAAUCGCAGUUGCUAUGGCUUUGCUUUGGAUGAAUUUCAAAGGAUUCAAAACUUUGAUAUAGAGUGUUCAGUUCAUUUUAGUAUAGGUCAAAUCGAUGGCUAUUUUGGAAACAAAUCUAGUGAAAUCUUAAACAACCAUUCAUUUUGGUACUCAUUCAAAACAUUUGUUGCAAUGUCACUUAUAUCUGGGGUUCACUGGGCAAGAACUUUUGACCAAUCUAUUGUCGAUGGCAUGAUAUAUAGGGCACAAGAAGCUCUAUCUCACUUUAACAACUUUAAAGAUGAUAUACCAUCAUGGUACUUAGAAUUCAAACAACAACAACAGCAAAAAGAAGCUACAGAAGAUAUUGAAAACUCCAAGUUUAAUGAAGAAUCCAUUUUAUCUCAAAAGAAACAAUUGGAAUCUAUCUAA